CCGCCCGGAAGCGCGCGCGGCGGCGGCGGCGGCCAUGAGCAAGAGGAACCAGGUGUCCUACGUGCGGCCGGCCGAGCCCGCCUUCCUCAGCCGCUUCAAGCGGCGGGUCGGGUAUCGGGAGGGCCCCACGGUGGACACCAAGAGAGAGCAGCUUCCACUCGCCGAUGACGACAGUGACAAUGGCAGUGACAAGGAAGAUGAGCAGCCGCAAGUGGUGACACUGAAAAAAGGGGACUUGACUGCGGAAGAAGCAAUGAAAAUUAAGCAGCAAAUCAAAGAGGCUUUAAAAUCAAAAGAAUCAGAUGAUGAACCAGAACCUGCUGAUGGAAAAAUUAUGUUCAGGAAACCAGCCAAACGUUCAUCAGAGAAGUGUUUGGACUUCAAUGUAAGUUCAAGUAAGAAGAUGAAAGAAGCAAAGAAAACUAAGAGAGAAGCAACUACUUCUGAGAGUACAGCUAAGCAAGUAAAAAACAGCAGUCUUCUCUCAUUUGAUGAUGAGGAAAAUGAUGAUUAGGACUUGUAGUUUUUUAUGCUUUACUUGCUUGUAUAGAGACCUGGAUUGAGGGCUUUCAUAGGAAUUGAAGCAUGGUGUCUGAGUCUUUUACUUUGUUAUAGUCCAACUAGAGAAAUAAUGUAUAAAAUUAGCAUGAGCUAAGUCUGCAGUUAGUUGGAACUGUAUGUCAUGUCUUAAUUUUAAAAGAGAAUUUAACCGCGUACGUAAAAGCUGUUUGAGUUCACAAAUGAGUAGCAAAUGAUACCUGUACAUAUUUAGCUUUCAAAUUUGCAGUCAAUUUUAAGAUGCCCUCCAUUACUAAAAUGUAUUUCCUCUAUAUUGAAUAGUCUUUGUUGACAAUUGUGGUUUUUACCUGUUAUUAUUGACAUUCAAAAGAGAGACACUUCAUUACUGUGAAACAGACUUUCUGUCUCACAGCUUAACAAAAGUUUGCACAACCUUUGCAUUUGUGAUUUGCAAGAUUAGCUCUUGCAGAGCAUUGCAGUAAAUGAGGCUGCACUUGCUAAAUUCAUGUAGUCUUGAUCCUAUCUUUAGUGAAUGCAAUCUAAGAAACAUCAAAUUCAUUUGAACUGGUUGUAAUAGCAAGGUAUAAAGAUAUUGAUUCUAGUUGGUGGUAUCAACUAAUGCAAAAGAAGCCUAAACCAUUGGAGAUUGUGCACUUUGGUUUUGACACUGAUGGGCUCAGUGGUUUGAUGGUGUUUUGGGGUUUUUUUUAAGUAUAUUUGUUCCAGUUAACUACUUACGUGUUCAUAAUUAUUCAUAAUCAGACAGCUUGUUCAAAAACUCUUAUUUCAUCUUAAGGUGUGGAAAAGCAUUAAUUUAGUAUUCUUCAAGUAGGGGGGAAGUUGUAAACAGGGAAUUUAAGCCAAGGAACACUAUAGCUGUGUGUAUCUUGGUUUAAGACAGUUUCUGGGGCAGACACUCUGGAAUUAGUUACUGCCCCUUUUAGUUUGAACUGCUUCCCUUUCACCGAUUAGCAGAGAUGAAAGCAAGAACAUAUAAGUGAAAAAAUAAAAGUUUACUAAAAAAUGAAACAGCAACAGACAGGAUAACAGUAAUCAUCACUAGAUAGAAAGAUGCUGAAUCCUAUGGACUGCUUGGGAGCACAGAAGACAAGAUGGCAGAGAAACCCCUCCCCAGAAAUGUUGGUCUCUACAGAAGACCAUGUGGUUCAGGGGACAAAGACAAGCUGAUGGAGAAGCCUCUUCUCCUGACCAUGUGUUGGAGAGAGAACAAAGGGAAAAAAACCACCACAGCAUCUGAAACUCUGUGAUUAUGAAAGUCCCUCUUCUGCAAACAACAACCAACAAAGAACAAGGACAAAACAAAAAGAAACCUGGAUUCCAAAACCUGUCAAAUGCUGCUGAUCUGCUUGCUCCACAUCACCGGAGAGGGUCUCUGUCCCGGCAGCUGCAGCAGCUCCAUCAACAGUGGUGGCUGGAACUGGUCAGUGGCUGGAACUCAUGAAGGGACUUGGGCUCCUCCUCAGCAGUAGAUGACAGGCAGAUGCCUGGGCAGCUCAGGCUCCACACCCUCCCACAGCAGCUGAGCACUGCUGGGGGGCUGGUGUGACUGGGUGGAGCAGGGGCGGUUCAAUUUUUCCCAUUGUGGUGCCAUGGCUGGCCAUCCUGGGUGGCAGCAAUGAAAAAGCAAGGAAAAAAGGUCUGUAGAGAAAGUCCUCCCUGGCCCAGAGGCCAAAACAAAGGGGAGCUUCUGCCUUGCACUGCCUCAACUUCUCAGUAGCUAGCGGGAAUGAAAGAGGCACAGGCAACAGUGAGUGUUGUCUCAUUUUAAAGGGAUCCUGGCAUCUUCUGCCUCCAUGAACCUGGAGCAAGACCCUCUGGUUCUGCUUCUGACCAACAGGUCCUAGAGGGAGAGUAACAAUCUUGGGCAGAUGGGCAUAGAAAGUCCCAUUUCAGCAUCUUUCUGUAACAGGACAGAAGUGACACUGAGAGCUGGUGGGAUUUGGGAGAACAAUGUGCUAAGAAUGUCACUUGUGACUGAAGUUAUUUGGAAGUAUGGUGUAUUCUGUAACUAUAUGAAACCAGUUCUGCUGAGUGACAGGACAUUUGAAAUUAUUUGGCCUGUAAAGCUUCAUCAAGGAGCAAAUUUCAAGUUGCUGUGUAAAACAGCUGGCUUUAGUUUGUUCAUCUGGUAAACAAUAAAUUAUAUUUUCUUUUAAGUGGUCCAAAGAUAUUUUAAUAAAAAUUUCAGUACAUGAAAUUAGGGGUUUUUUUGCCUCCUGAUAUUGGAACUUCCUGUACCUGCCUGUCUCCCUACACACCAGCUUCCUGCAGCAUAACAUCAGAUGCAAGUCUGCACACUGUUUUGCACUGUUUGUGUGAGUACAUGUUACCCUGAUUUUGAAAAUCAAUAGAUUGUUAUCCUUUCAGAAAAUUGAAACCAGACCUAUAAAUGGAUAUUAAAUUCUUGUUGCACUGCUUUCAUAUUAGAAUUGUGAGAGAGGUGCUGUGUGACCACCUGAUUUUUCCCAUGAGGACAUGCUACAUUUGUAAAUACAUAAUUUGUCUGUAUUCUCUACAUAUAAAAGAAAAAAAAUUAAAGAAAAAGUACAGAGCCAAAAGUUCCCAGGAAUUAGUAUUUCCAUCUAUUUUGUAUACUUAAAACUUGUUUGAAUCCAUUAAAAAUAUAUACCAAUACAUACAUACAUGCCCAUGAGUAAUCUUGUAGCAUUCCAGCAUACAAAAGGAAUAUUUGGGCAUAUGUCAAAAAUGGAGUAAAUACUUUGACUUGCUGAGACUCAUCUGAAAGAAUGAAUUAACCAUUGGCUGCUUGCUUAAACUUUUCUGGUUCUAUUUGUCAGUACAGAAAUGUAUUUGCAUACAUUUUUGUUGCACAACCUGGAAGUUCAUAACUUGAGCUGUGAGGCAAUUUAGGAGACAUGGCUAUCGAGAUAAAUGCUUGCCAAGGACCAGAGGGCAUUUGGUUUUACCUUAAAAUCAGAGAAUCCCUCACAAAUAUGCAGUUGAUCUGGCCUGUUCAAAAUAAGUUUGAGAUAUUGUUUGGUUCUGGACAGUAAUUGCAUUUAAACAAAAUGGACAAAAAUUUACCAUUUUUAGUGAAAGACUUGGGAGACUGCAGUCCAGUAAAGGGAGGGUUACUUAAAGUAUUGAGUGCAGUACUUUUACUUAUUGAGUGUGGUACUUCUGGUUAAUCAUGCUUCUUGCUCUACAGCCUCAUGACAGAUGUCUGGAAUGCAAAUAAAUUGAUUGGGUUUGCUUGGAAAUAAUACAUUAAAAGGUAUGUUGUUGUUUAGGCAACAUAGCAGGGGGGGAAAAGGUGGAUACGGAAA